UGAAGUGUGGUUGAAGUGAACAUGGACAUGAAUCUCCCGGUGGAUUAUGACUCUGCUGAAGGUGGCAUUUCAAACAGAAACCCGAGAGUUGACAAGUAUGGAUUUGAGCAUUCUAAAGAUCUUAACUCAGAAACCUAUGAGGAAAUGAUGACUGAGUAUAUACCAGUGCUUGCCAGAAGAUCAGAAAAGUGGUCAAGGCUUCUACAAGAAAACACAAAAAUGGAUAAGAAUAUAAAAGUGAAGAGGUAUGUGAGGAAAGGUGUUCCCAACGAACACCGUACUCUGAUCUGGAUGGCUGCCAGUGGAGCCCAGCAGCAUCUGCAGAUGAACUGUGGUUAUUACCACUCUCUCCUGAAGGGUCACCAUGACCCCAUGCUGGAGGAGACAAUAUGCACUGACUUGCACAGAACUUUCCCAGACAACAUUCAGUUUCAUGACUCCUCCCAGUCUUGUUUACUGAAGGCUCUAUAUAAUGUUCUACUGGCAUAUGGACACCAUAACAAGGAUGUUGGAUACUGUCAGGGGAUGAACUUUAUUGCAGGAUACCUCCUUAUUAUAACUAAAGAUGAAGAAAAAUCCUUCUGGUUAAUGGAUGCUUUGCUGAGUAGAAUCUUACCUGAUUACUAUACGCCAGCCAUGCUGGGGCUAAAGACAGACCAGGAGGUUCUUGGAGAGCUGGUGAAGUCUAAGGUGCCUGCAGUGUGGCAGACUAUGACUCAACACAAUGUCAUGUGGGGCCUGGUGGUCUCAAGGUGGUUUAUUUGCCUUUACAUUGAUGUCCUUCCCAUGGAGACAGUGCUGAGAAUAUGGGACUGCCUGUUCUAUGAGGGCUCCAAGAUCCUGUUCCGCGUGGCCCUCACACUGAUUCGUCAUCACCAGAAAGUGAUCCUGCAGGCGCGAAAUUUUUCAGACAUCUGCGAGUGUUUCAAACAGAUCACGCAUGGGGAGUUUGUGGAGAACUGUCAUGCGUUCAUGCAGAACAUCUUUAUGGAGCCUGGUAGUCUUUCCAUGGCAACGAUCAUGAAGCUCAGAGAACUAUGUCGAGAACGCAUACAAGCUCAGAAUUGUGGAAGAUAAUGGUGACAAUAUUCUACUCACUCUGGAGUAUGGAGUAUAAAUGACACUGUGAAUGUGGAAUGCGUGUUGUAAAAAUUCUAAUUCAUGCAAAUUCAACAUGAGAAAUUUAAUAGGUCAUUAAAUGUUUUUUUUUUAAUUUUCCUUCAUUUUCUAAAAUCAUAUUUUUGUUUUAAAAACAAGAAUUAAUUUUUGCUAUGAAUGAUUACCACUGUGAUUAUAAAUAUCUAUAAAGAUAGAUAUCUGUCUGCUGUUAUAUCUAUAGGCUUUUAGAUGGAAAUGUACCUAUGCCAGAAUACUGAAGGGGAAACAAUUUAGUUUUUAGAUAAAAUUAUUUUAAAAAAAAUUUCUAUAAUUUAUUAACUUUGACUAUAUGCAUGCUCACCCAUUUUGCUGUAAUGGGUGAGCAAAAUUCAUUUACAGUUGCAUUACUACUUGAAUAAAAUCUACCUGUGAACAAUGUUGCCAUAUAAAUACACCUGUUACAGAGCAUUCCAAAACAGAGAUUAGUUUGGGGAUUAACAAGCUAUUAAAACAGUCUGGUUUCAAGGUUCUACAAAAUAAACAAUCAAUCAUAGUUUUGUCAUAAAAUUAUCCAAAAUUUUCACAUGCCAGAGAACUCCAUUAAACUCCUUCUUUAAAAGUUGAAAAAAUACACACUCAACUGUGUCUCCGCUUUAGAAGGCCAUCCAACAAAGGUCAGUAACCUAAGAAGGGCAUUAAUCAGAAAAGCAAAUACAAUGCCAAGGGUAUCUUUUAAUAUAAUGCUACCACCACCAUGCCUAACUAUAAAGGUGAUAUUCUAUGUGUGAUGAGCAGUGAUGGAUUUCCAUUAAAAUGUGGAUGCUAUGGUUGUCUUGUGAACAAUUUCUAUUCUCUUUCAAUUCAGGGUUUUCCUU